AUGGAGUACCAUCUUGGAAAGGCAAAUGUAGUGGCGGAUGCUUUAAGCGGGAAAAUUGUGGCAGCUUUGAAAUCUUUUUGGAUUCUGGAAGAACUAUUAAAGGAUGUGAGUGUGGUGAGUACAAGAGGAAAUGAUGAGGCAAGAAUUGUUAAAGGAGGCUCACCAGGGCACUUCUUACUUCAUUUAGGAAGCAUUAAGAAGUAUCGUAAUUUAAGAAGUUUGUAUUGGUGGCCUGGAAUGAAGAAGGAGAUAUCAGAGUAUGUUUCGAGUUGUAUUACAUGUCAGCAAGUAAAGAUAGAACAUCAAGUCCCCUCAAGGAAGUUGUAUCUUCUAGAAAAUCUCGAGUGGAAGUGGGACAAGACAACUAUGGAUUCUGAUUCAGUUUUUGCUCUUAAUGAUACUAAAAAGAAUACAGUCUGGGAAAUGAAAAAGAAACUUUCAAUCAUUCGAACCCAUUUAAAGGCCGAUCAAGACCGACAGAAGGCUUACACUAAUAAGAAAAGGAAGGAUAUUUUGUCUGAAGUAGGAGACAAGGUAUUUUUGAAAGUUUCUCCCUGGAUAAAGGUUAUAAGGUUUGGACUAAAAGAGAACUUGAGCCUGCAUUUCAUAAGACUGGACGAAGUUCUGGAGUGA